AUGGGCGGCCCGCAUGUCGAGAUAUUCACAGGGCUCAAGACGGCAAAAUCGAGAUGCUUCAAGCCCUCGACUUCUUCGCUUAUCGUCACUGCCUAUGCCUACAGCACGCUAUACAUGGCGCCGGAGUGGUUUCGCGGCGUACAGCCCACGCAGACUCCAAAGGCCAAUGUCUGGUUGCUUUUCGUCACCAUAGUGUUGACAAUGGAGUCGAAGGGCCAUAUGACCCCAAGCCUGGAGCCAGGCCCAACGUUUCCAGAGCCUACUGCGGAACCUCAGCUCUUUGCGGCCGCACCAUGUUCCUCAGCCCCUCAGGCUUUUGUUGCUGCCACCGCCGCUCCCUCGAGGACGGCAAACCAGCGAGCAACGCCAAUCCAAGGAAGAAACGCGAACAUGCCCCUGCGUCUGUCGCAACUACUAAAUCACGCGGCUGACGCGGCGAGAACGGAGGCCCAGAUGGUAACCAAGAGUGCCAAGUAG